AUGUCGACAGCAAACACACCGCAAAGCAACCCAACCGAUCAAAGCAACGCAGACCGAAAGACGGUGCACAUUUUCCGCCUUUCUCUUCACACAAAAGACGAAGCCUUACAAAAAAUAUUUGAGACCGUCGGCGCGGUCACAAAGUGCAUCAUUAUCCGCGAGCCAUCAACGCAACGUUCAUUACGUUUUGGGUUUGUCACCUACAACACAACGGAAGAGGCAAAAAAGGCUGUCGAUGAGCUCAACGGCAAGGAGGUGGAUGGAUUUAGGAUUGCCGUCGACUUCGCACGGCGGGAGGAGGCCCGUGAUAAAACACCAGGGAGAUACCUCGGGGCUUACUUCAAUCGCAACCAAAAACCAGACUUAUCUGCCGAUUCAUUCCGCCAACGCAAUCUCACCCAGAAAUUUUCAUCAAAUUAUGACGAUUACUCGGAACGACGGGACAGAAGAGAACCUAAAUUAUGGGGAGAGAGAUAUGAAAAAUAUGACGAACACAGAGAGUGGGAGGAAAGACUCACUCGCGACAGGGUAAGAAGGGACAAAGACGACAGCCCUCGCUCCGAGAGGUUCAGGGACAGAUAUGAGAGUGAUGAAUGUUACUCACCAAGAGAACGUCGCAACUCAUAUUCGCCUCGAGAUUUUUCUCCAAAAUAA